ACACACCCGGAACCGGAAGGAAGAAGUCUCAUUGUCACUGUGGAGAAAUUGAGAAGAAAAUGGCAGAUACGGUUUCCAUCUUUGUGGAGAAGUUGAGCAACUUGGUUUUACAAGAAGCCUUUCUGUUUGGACAAGUAGAAGAGCAGGUGAAGUUGCUGCGGGACGAGCUGAAAUGGAUGCGCCUCUUCUUGAAAGAUGCGGAUUCACAAUCCUUGUACAACGAAAAAGUCAAGCUGUGGGUGGAGCAGAUUAGGAACGUGACCCAUGAUGCUGAAGAUGUCAUCGAUGAGUUUAUCCUCGACAUGGAUCGCCGGCAGCUGAGACUCAACACCCUCAAGUUCCUCAAGUGCCUACCUACUUGCGUAGGAUUUGCCGACAAGUUACCUUUCAUCCACGAGCUCGACGGUCGUGUGAAAGAGAUCAAUAUCAGGAUUGAGAGGAUUAUGGCUAAUAGAUCCAAGUAUGGCCUUGAAGCUCUAAUGGCUUCCAGCUCAUCCAGUACUACUGAUCAGGUUGUGGCGCACAAGGAGAAGUGGGCCCAAGUUGUCGAAGGGAGCGAUGUAGUGGGGAUUGAAGAUGGCACCGAGGUGGUGACGCAGAUGCUGAUGAAGGGAGAGAUGCGGAGAGCGGUAGUGUCCAUCGUGGGGAUGGGCGGCCUAGGCAAGACAACUCUUGCCAAGAAAGUUUAUAAUCAUAGUGAUGUUAAGCAACACUUCGAUUGUCAUGCCUGGGUCUAUGUAUCUCAAGAGUUCAAAGCAAGAGAAAUCUUGCUUGGGGUUGCCUAUUGUGUUAUGUCUCUCAGUGAUGAACAGAAGAAAGAAGUAAAAGAGAUGGGAGAGGCUGAGCUUGGCAGGAAAGUUCGUGAGUAUCUGAGAGAGAAGAAGUACCUGGUUGCUAUGGAUGAUGUAUGGAGCAGGGAAGUUUGGAGUAGCUUGCGCUCAUAUCUUCCUGAGGCUAAGGAUGGGAGCAAAGUGUUGAUCACCACCCGCAAUGAAGCAAUUGCUCUGCAUGCCACUUCACAGGAGGAAAUUGCCUGGACAUCUCUCAAUUCAGAAGAAGAAAUUGCUCAACAUGCCAAUCCACAAGCACUUAUAUAUAGACUUCGUAUUAUGAACGAUGAUGAGAGUUGGCGGCUCCUUCUCAAGAAAACUUUUGGGAACAGAAGUACAUCAGGUAUUCUAACUCCAGAGUUAGAAGUAUCGGGAAAAAAUAUUGUGGCAAAAUGCAAAGGUUUGCCCCUUGCCAUUGUGGUGGUAGGAGGUCUGCUAUCCACAAAAGAGAAGACAAGAUCAUCGUGGGAGAAAGUGCUUGCAAGUAUAGAUUGGCAUCUAAGUCAAGGUCCUGAAUCUUGUAUGGGAAUUCUUGCUUUAAGUUACAAUGACUUGCCCUAUUACUUGAAGUCUUGUUUUCUUUAUUGUGGAAUCUUCCCAGAAGACUCAGAAAUCGAAACAAGCAAGUUGAUUCAGUUAUGGUUGGCUGAAGGCUUUAUACAAAGGAGGGGAAAAGAACUGUUAGAAGACAUUGCGGAAGACUAUUUAUAUGAAUUGGUCCAUAGAAGCAUGAUUCAAGUGGCCGCCAGAGAGGUAGAUGGAAGAGUGACCUCUUGCCGCAUACAUGAUCUUCUUCGAGACCUUGCCAUUUCAGAGGCAAGAGAUGCAAGACUUUUUGAGGUACAUGAAAACAUUGAUGUUGCAUUUCCUACCGGCGUUCGUCGGCUCAGCAUUCAUCAACAUCACAUCAACAACAACAUUUCUCAACAUUUGCAUAAUUCACGUCUCAGAUCUUUAAUUUUCUUUACUGAGCCAUUUGAAAGAAAAAGUUGGAAAUCUUUACAAGAGCAUAUUAAAUUACUUACUGUUUUGGACUUAGGAAGUACGAAUGAUAAUUAUAUAGUCCCGGAGGAAAUAGGAGAACUUGUCCAUCUGAAAUUCCUACGCAUUAGGGGGCUCAACAGAGUAACACUUCCUUCUUCCAUUGAUAGACUUGUUAAUCUCCAAAGUUUUGACUUAGACAACAAUGAUUGCUACAUCCCUCAUACAAUUUGGAAGUUGCAACAAUUGAGAUAUCUAAAUUGUUCUUUUGGUGAGAUUUCAAGUCAAUUCAAAUUAAGUAAGUGUGUGAAUGGUUAUUUGGGUGUGGAGAAACUCACUAACCUUCAAACACUAGGUCUGCGUUCAGGAAGUUGGUUAGAAGGAGAUGGAUUAGGAAAAUUGACCCAGCUUAAAGAAUUAGAUUUAGGGGGAUGGUUGAAUCCACACCUAAAGAAGGGGUUUUUUGAGUGUAUUGCUAACUUGACUGCUCUUCGAACCUUGAAUUUGUCGGAUAUUGAGAGUUUUGAAAAGAAAACAUUGCUGAACCAUCUCAGAUUAAAGCGGUGGAAGAAAGUUGUUGAAGAAAAAACAUUGAUUCCAGGACUCAUGUCUUUUUCAUAUCACACCUAUCUCUACAAGGUGAUCUUAGGUGGAAAGUUGGAGUUGCCAGAGGAAAUUGGAUUCUAUCCUCCAAAUCUCCUCGAACUCUUUUUACACCACUGCGAGCUAAAGAAUGAUCCAAUGUUUAUUUUGGAGAAGCUUCCAAAGUUGAAGGUUCUUAUAUUAUCUAUCAGGUCAUAUGUUGGAAAGAAAUUGGUCUGCUCUUCUGGAGGAUUCCUUCAACUCCAAAGCUUAGAACUUUAUGCUUUAUUUCCAUUAGAGGAAUUAAUAGUGGAGGAAGGAGCAUUGCCUCAUUUGAAGACUCUACAAAUUGAGCGUUGUGAUCGAAUGACAGAGCUUCCUCGUGGAUUGUUACAAUUGAAAAAUCUUGAAAAAGUGGAGCCAAAAUUCAUGUUUGACAGAUGAAUUGAAGAAUUUGAAGAGACCAAGGGAGAAGAUUAGGACAGAAUCCACCGUAUCAUCUCCAAAAAGAAGAGAGAUUAUGUUUUCCUUUUCCUAUUAAGUUUGUUUAUUUUUAUUUUUGUUUUUGUAAUUUAUGUCCUUUCA